CUUUUCCAACAAAAUUCUCUCAAGAAUUAGGUAUUGAAAUCUAUUGAGUGAUCAAGAUGGUAAAUCACAGAGUACCAUCUGUUUUCUCCAAAACCUACGUUACACCACGUCGUCCAUUUGAGAAACCUCGUCUGGAUGCUGAGUUGAAAGUUAUCGGCCAAUAUGGCUUAAGAAAUAAACGCGAGGUUUGGCGUGUUAAAUACACCCUCGCAAAAAUUCGUAAAGCUGCUCGUGAAUUACUCACUUUAGAGGAAAAGGAUGAAAAACGACUUUUCCAAGGUAAUGCUUUGUUACGUCGUCUUGUACGUAUUGGCGUGUUAGAUGAAUCACGAAUGAAGCUUGAUUAUGUUUUGGGUCUUAAGAUCGAAGAUUUCUUGGAACGUCGUUUACAAACUCAAGUAUUCAAACUUGGAUUGGCUAAAUCUUAUCAUCAUGCCCGUGUCCUUAUUCGUCAACGUCAUAUUCGAGUUCGCAAACAAGUCGUCAAUAUUCCAUCGUUCGUUGUUCGUUUGGAUUCACAGAAGCAUAUUGACUUCUCAUUGAAAUCUCCAUUUGGUGGUGGACGUCCAGGACGUGUUAAGAGAAAGAAUAUGAAAAAAGGAACUGGCGGUAGUGGUGGCGGCGAUGAAGAGGACGAGGAUUAAAUGACAAGAUUAUAAAAUGAAAAUAUUGAUGCUACCUAAAUUUUCUGAAGAUAUCAAAAUAAAGGAACAAAAAAAAUUCAUAAAAAUCUAAAGUUUAUUUUAUUACGAGUUAAAAUUUAAAAUUUGAUAAAAUGAUUUCAUUUUUUACACAA